UCAUGCUUUAUUUAUUAGUUGCCUAAUAUAUUUUAAUGAACAAUUCUUAAGUGUAGCUGUUCUUGGUAUACUAAAAAAAGAUUGUGUCCAAAAUGAAUGGAAGCUCAACAUCCAUAAGCCGUGAAGAUUCCGGUGAUGGCUUGGUCUCAAUUACUUCAGAAAACCUGGAACAACUUGAUUUAGUUGAUGAAAAAACGGCAUUAAUGGAAGACAUGAUGAACCAGGGGGAAAAAACCACUGAAAGUUAUGUUCACUUUGGAGAACCUAAAUGUGAAUCAGACACAGAGCCGAGACCAUCAACCAGUCUUAAGGCAGGUGGAGUGCACCAUGGUAUUAGAGCAGAAGAACCGUUCGGCGCUCACAGAAAUGUACAUUACCCAAAAUUCAGAUAUGCAAGUUCGGGAGCAACUGACGAUGGGGAUUUGUUGAAGCGCGAUGAUGGGAACAAAGGUAAAACUGAGGCUCACUAUGUUGCAGAAAAAGGAGACCUGAUACGUCUUUCGGAGUUGCACAAUUAUUCGAUGAACGUAAGAGACGAUAAGGGUUGGGCGCCGGCGAUGUACGCGACCUCAAAUGGCCAACUAGAAGCUUUGCAACUGCUGCAGAAAAACGGUGCCAACUUGCGAGUGUUUGAUACCCAAGGGCGCUCGCUCCUCCACAUAGCUGCGGCCUUCGGGCAUGAACAUGUCAUAUGUUGGUUGCUGGAAGAAGGGUUUGACAUUCGCGCAACUGAUUUUUAUGAUAUGACGCCACUUCACUUGGCUGCAGCUCAUAAUCAAGUUGGCGCUGCUCGCUUGUUAGUUUUGAAUGGGGCAGAUAUUUCGCUUGAGGAUGACCGCAAUCGAACUCCUCUUAAAAUUGCACAAAUUGCUGGUCAUCCCGAAAUAAUUGACUUGCUUCGUGAAAUAAAAGCAAGUCAUAUUUAAUAUAAAAUGAGCUGAAACAUGAAAACAUUAUUUAAAAUAUAUACUUGUAUAAAUA